AUGGCUACUUCGACUCCCCGCACCCGCGAUCAACCCGACAUUAGGGCAAGGAUAAGCAUCACCGACGAAUCUACGCAAGACAUCAAAGAGCGACUCCAAGAGGCCGAUCAGAGGCAGAGAGCUCUGCGUUCACAACAGUCAUGGCACUCCUCCGACACGAACGGUGCCUUGCAACGAGCAGUCCUGAGAAAGACGCGGACCAUCAUCCCUCAUCGCCAGUCCCGUCUCAGCGACGACCUGGUCUCCGAUGCCCUCCCCUACCCAUUGAAGCGGUCCAACAGUUUCAACUCACUGUCGACUUUGCAACGUGAAGCAGAUGGCGCGGCAUUGAGCCUGUAUAGGGGGUCCCCGAUUUCUGCCAUUAGCCCACCUUGUGUUGGCCCAACCUAUCAACACUACAGCAUUGACUCAGGAAAUCAAGAUCCAUGCCCACCCAGAGCGCCCGCCAAGGUUGAAAUACUCAAUGCUCAUCGUAGAUACCUGACGCCCUGGAAAAAGUCGAUCAAGAAGAGAAAGUCAAAGAAAGUAUCCGUGAAAGCUCAGAAAGAAGAUGAACAAAUAGGAUGGCCAAGUGCGAUUGCGGACUGGAAUACGCCCCGGCCGAUGCAUGUGCCUAAUUCUGCGCAAACCUUGCCUGUGCGCACCAAGAGUACUAAAAGCAUCACUUCCCAGGUUGUUAAGACCCUUAGCCUAGGCAAACUUGGGCGCCCUGUCAAGUCGAACGCCGCAGACCCGCCAAACUGGGCCGACUUUGACAGCAAAGAUGAACUUCGCAAAUGGAUGGAAAGACCACAAUCUGCGUUGGACACAGCGAAAUCCGACCUCCCUGCAGAACUUCCUGCCGAGCUGCCUCAAUACACCCCAUUUCAAGAUUCAACCCGGACUCAACACAACGAGCCUGCAGUUCUACUGGAGGACACCCCUGCCAAUGGAGAAAAGGACGACGUGCUCGUGUCCAUGGAUUCAGAGCGGGAUCCACAACCAUCAAGGAGCAAUUCAAGGUCGAUGAGGUGCGAUCACUGCCAGAACCCAAUUCGUCUCAAUCAACUAUACUACCACUGCUCCAUCUGCGAAGAUGGUGAUCGUAUCCUGUGCUCUGCUUGCGAUCAAGUAGGAUGGAGCUGUCGUCAUGACAUUACAGAAAAGGUUCGAAGUGUUUCGCGAGCGAUCCCGUCUCGCAAGACCGGAUUAGAACCAGUUCAUAGAGAACAAGCUCGUGCCGAAACACAACAGCAUUCUGCAACACCGUGGACAUCGGCCAUCCCACUGAAACCUUGCACUGAAGGCGACCGCCUAGUAGACAGUCAGUCCCGUCUCGACAAAUCCACGUCGCCUGUGAAUACGCCGAGCGGACAGCAAUUGAAUCCUACUUUACAGAAUGGGUUUCCGUGGAACUGGAUCGGCGAUAGGGAUUCGGAGCAUCGCAGACGCGAAAAUGAUCUAGCCGUUCGAGAAAAGGAGAUUUCCUUGAGGGAGAAAGCAGCCAGUAUGCGAGAACAGCAAGCAGCAUUACGAGAACGGGAAGCCGCGCUGGAAGUCAAACAACAGCUCUUCACGCUUCAGCUGCAGGCCGCCGCAGUAAAGCAAAAGCAUGAAGCAUUUCUGGCGACGGGAGCACAAUUUGAGGAAAGUGCGGGAGGUCCUGCGUGGGUCUCGAUCAAUAACAGUGAUCAGGAUGACCAUGUGAGGACCCAUGCGAACAAGCGAAAACAAUCUAGCGGUAGACAUCACGGGCUGUCACCGGCUAAUUCGAUUACAUCCGGACAAUGGUCACCACUGAAACGCUCUCCGAGUGGUGGGCACGGUCAGGAUCCUUACGACGAUGAUGAGGACGACAACGGCUCCGGAACACCAAAGAAGCUGAAACACGAGCCAGAGUCCAUGCAGUCCCCCGAAAAAUUGUUCGCCUGUCCCUUCUGCAAGUACGACAAAGACCGCUAUUCUGAACGAAACGUACAAGAAAAGCACUAUCGAGGUUGUGCCAGUGGCUAUUGGCCAGAUAUCUCCCGGCUGAAGCAACAUCUGUACAGAGUCCACUGGCGGCGGAUUCAUUGCGUUCGCUGCUACACCAAAUUCGAGAGGAAGGAGCUUCUGGAUCAGCAUGUGAGAGAAUCUCAACCAUGUGCUCUGGUGGAAUGCCCUUACCCGGAAAAGUUCGACGAUGGCCAAUACAACGAUAUUCGUCGUAAGAGGCCUGCGAACACCCCCGAGCAAGUAUGGUACAUCAUCUACGGCGUCCUCUUCCCUGGACAACCCCAGCCGAGCACUCCAUAUGCAGACAACAAGAGCUCACAAGUUGGAUUGGAGGGAGUCACCCAGGUUCCAGAACAAGGAGCGAUGAGCGCCCUGGGAGAGGUCUUCGAAUCUCGUCUGGAUCAGUUUGCAGGUUCUUCCGAACAAACAUGGCUCCAAUCCCCAGCUGCUCGAGACUUCAUAAGGCAGCAAUUGAGAGCUUCAAUGUCCGAUGUCCUUGAGCGGAUGAGGCCGGUGAUCAGUCCUUCACUAGGCAAUCCUUCAGUCGAAGUGUCUCCAUAUUCAGCUGUACCAUCAGAAACAGCCCGAAGAGGUUCAAUUUCACUCACUCCAAGCACCUCGGUACCGCAUUCGCCGAUUAACGGUGAAGGCUCGGUGAGCAGGUCAAGCUCCGACGCCCAAUUUUUGCUCCCGAGUCACCGCAGAAGCUUCAGCAGACCAUUUAUUUCACGUAAUGUAGAACGAACUGGCUUUCUGCAGCCUCUAAAUACGACGGGUUGUCAACCCUCCCACGAUAUCAACAAUUUUUCUGGCCCAGAUACUUUCCCGAUAUCUCCCACUCAUGACCCAGAACAUGAUCAAUAUGAUGAAGAAUGCCAUAGUUGGACACAGGGAGAUGACCCAGGACUUGCCUUCAAUUUUGACUUCGACGCUGGUCGUACGCCGGCAGCAAAUUCGUCGGGCCCAGAUCCAAUACCGCAACCGGCAACGACCAGACCAACCUUUGCUCCAGUAAGGCUUGCCAGUCUCGAACCUUCGUCCGAUAACCAAGCAGCCGUCAUUUCACAACUGAAAGCAAAUCACUCAAAUGCUUCGUCUGUCGAUUCUGGAUACGGAAGUCUUCGCCAUCCGCAUGCACGUUAUUCGUCGGUUGUUUCUGGGACCCAGCCGCAAUCUCGACCAACAAGAGGAAGGGUGAAAGGCAAUGGUGACCGCAUAGCAGAUGACGGGCCUUCCAGCCCCGUGCCUGAGUCGGCCAUCAAUUGGGCCGCAUUGAAUACAUCGCUUGAGGACUUUAUUGAAAACGCAGUCGAGUCUGGUAUGGACGAGUUUGGCAACAUACCGUGGAUCCCUCAUCAACCUCUCAGUUGA